UCAAGAGGAAUAUAAUAUAUAAAUAUAUAUAUAAUAUACAUUACAUAGCAUUACAUUAAUAUUAGCAACUGUGAAAAUGUUUAAGAUCCAAAAGGUUUUUUGCAUUCUGGAGCUAAAAUGGGGAAUGUUACUUAUUGGAAUCGUGGAACUAAUACUGUGUGCCUGUCUCGCUGGGAUUUGCAAGGGAAUGCACGUGGAGAUUAUUUACUAUCUCAGUAUGAUUAUCUCCCUUCUUCACAUUAUCGCCUGUAUAAUGCUUUUGAUAUCCAUUGGCGUGCCUAAGAAGGAGCUGGUGAUUCCCUACGUGAUAACUGGUAUCAUACGAUUCAUUGUCCUUUUAGUGGGUAUCAUUUGGCUGGUGGUUUACGGAUUAACUCAUAAGUUCUACAAUUACCAACCAAUCCACACAGAAUCCAUUAUUGUGAUGUUGAUAUCUUUGAUUAUUGCCGUGUACUUUUGGUUAUGCGUCUACUCAUGGUUCAAGAAACUCGGUGGCUCUACCCCAAUUGAUUAAACAGCCAACCAUCGGUAGCUGCACAAUCCUGGACCUUGACAAACCAUUCUCAAUACUCCAACUCCAAUACGACAGAGAUGAGUCUCCAAACAAACUCAUUUGAAAUUCAGUCGCCAAAAUACAUUAAAUUGAUAUGCAAA